UUCGCCUUGGGUGCCCUUCUUACUGCCCCCAAGUAUGAGGAGAUUCAUCCACCCGAGGUUAAUGACUUGGUGGCCCUAGCAGAUGGAGCAUACUCCAAUGAGCAGGUUCUCACCAUGGAGAAGACCGUUCUCGGGAAGAUCAAAUGGUACCUGACCAUUCCGACUAGCUAUGUUUUCCUCCUGAGGUUCAUCAAAGCCGCUCUGGUUGAUAGGAUAUUGGAGAACAUGGUCUAUUUCCUAUCCAAGCUCGGGCUGAUGAACUACUCGACCAUCUCGCAUCCCCCAUCCAUGGUUGCUGCCUCAGCGGUGUAUGCAGCUUGUUGCACCCUCAACAUCAGCCCUUUCUGGAGUGCGACACUGAACGUCCACACCGGCAACACUGAGGCACAGAUCAUGGACUGUGCUAAACUGCUGGUGACCUUCCAUGCCAAUGCAAAGGACGGCAAGUUCCAGGUCGUUUACAGGAAGUACUCGAGCUCCCAGAGAGCAGCCGUCGCUCUGCUUUCUCCGGCGAAAGCUCUCCUCGAUGAUGAUUCCGGGGACACUGAAGGUCCACACCGGUUACACCAAGGCACAGAUCAUGUAAGCAAAACAAAAUCGCCGAACCCAGCCAAUGCGAAGAACAGCAAGUUCCAAGUCGUGUACAGGAAGUACUCAAGCUCUCCUCGACGAUGAUUCCGUGAAGACCUGGGCGUAGUCUUCAGCUUCAAGUUUGGGGAAUAAUUGUUGUCUCUGUCACUGAAAUUGUGACAUGCAAGGUGGUUGUUUUUUGUUCGAGAUUCGUUUUUCUUUCUUUCAUGUGAAAGCAAGAACCGAUGAUGUUCAUGGGAAAUUUGAAGGAAUGAAAGCUUUCAUUUCAUAA